GACGGCGCGCCGUCCAAGGCGCAACGCAUCGGCAUCGGCAUCGGCCUCUCCACCCCGCCAGCCCCGGGCCCUGCCCCUCGACCACACAAUCCUCCCCAUGGAGGUUGAGAUCAAGCUCCGCCUCCCCGACGCCGCCGCGCACCGCCGCCUGUCCGCGUUCCUCGCGCCCCGCCUCCGCCGCACCCACGCCCAGCGGAACCUCUUCUUCGACGCCGCCGCGCGCACGCUCGCCGCCGCCACCGCCGCGCUCCGCGUCCGCCUCUACGACGGGCCCGACGACCGCAACCCCUUGCGCGCCGUCCUCGCGCUCAAGCGCCGCCCGCGGAUCGACGCCGGCGUCAGCCGCGUCGAGGAGAUCGAGGAGACGCUCGACCCCGCGCUCGCCCUCGCCUGCGCCGACGACCCCGCCCGCCUCGGCGGCCUCGACUCCCCCAUCAUCCGCCUCGUCGCCGCCGAGUACGGCGUCGGAGGGGACGACGCGCCCUUCAUCUGCCUCGGCGGCUUCAGGAACACGCGCGCCGUCUACGACUACGAGCUCGAGGACGGCGGCGGCGGCCUAGUGCUGGAGCUCGACGAGACGAGGUUCGACUUCGGCACCAGCUACGAGCUCGAGUGCGAGACGGCGGAGCCUGACCGGGUCAAGGAGGUGCUGGAGCGCCUGCUCACGGUGGCCGGCGUGCCCUACGAGUACUCCCAGAGUAACAAGUUCGCCUGCUUCAUGGCAGGGAAGCUGCUUCCUUGACUAGGCAUACCUAGUCCGUGCUUGGGAGUACCAUGGAGCGGAAUGAAAAAGGUGUUUGCUAUGGUGGUAAGGUUGCUUGAGAAGUUGGUUGCCGAUGUACAAACUGGAGAUUGUGGUUUGUCUGGUGGAGAACGAAGCAAGCUUAGCACCGCGGAUCAAGUGGAAUGUGGAUUCAUCAGGAUUGGAUCAAUCAAUUGCUCAGCCUUUGGUGGUUCAAGAGAUGCUUCAAUUUUGCAAUGUAAUAGGGAUUAGAUCGUUAGUUGUGGCGUUUCUGGUUUGGUGGCCUUGUUUGGCUUGCCUUGCGUUCUUUGAACCGGUGUCCUGGCGUUUGGAAACGCUUCUUGAGCUGUUGAAUGCAUCUUUGUUUUGUGGCAAAUGAACUUAAUCCUGAGCCUUAAAAAAAAA